UGUAAAGUAAGAAGGUUGAGUAGCGGUUCGCUCUCAGACUCAAAUCAGAAGAUGAGUGACCGUGGGGAUGAAGAGGAGAGGCGAGCAUUUUCUUCCAAGUGUGAUGUCACAUCACACAGCGAUGAAGCCGGAGCCUCCUCAGAAACACAGCAAGGCUACACACCUGUAGCUUUAAAGCUGCCCAAAUGGCCAUCUCAUGGUGAACUCUCAGAGACUCAGUAUGAACACCUGGCAUCAGAACUGAAGUCAAACCCUGAGCUGAAAGAACUGGAUCUGAGGAGAAACACUCUGAACGAGUCAGGAGUGGAGCUGCUGUGUGCUGCACUGGAAAGCCCAAACUGCAGACUGCAGACCCUGAGACUGAGGGGCAGCAUCGUGUCAGAAAGAUGUUGUGCUUCACUGGCCUCAGCUCUUAAAUCGGACCCGUCUUAUCUAAGAGAACUUGACUUGAGUGAAAUCAAGAACCUGACGGAUUCAGGAGUGAAGCUGUUGGCUACAGGACUUUGGAGUCCACACUGCAGACUAAGGACUUUGAGACUGGCUGACUGUAAAUUAUCAGAGAGCAGCUGUGGUUCUCUGCUCUCAGCUCUUCAGUCCAACCCGUCCUAUCUGGAAGAGUUGGACCUGAGUGGAAACAGUGUGGAGGACUCAGGAGUGAAGCUGCUGUGUGCUGUGCUGAAGAAUCCACUGUGUUCUCUAAACACUCUGAGGUGAGACUUUACUGGAUGUGAAUGUCACCUGGUUUCUUUCAGUCUGUGGUUCAGCUUCAUGACUCUGUAUCUGCCAGUGCAGACAUCCAUAGCAUAAACCCAACUGUUUUCU